AUGUCUUAUUUUAAUGAACUCAAACUUUUGUUUAACUAAGAAACUUAAUACACAAUUGAACUGAGUAGAUUUGAAAUAAAAGGCAUUUUAGGCAAAGGAGCUUUUGCUAUAGUUUUCUCAGCUUUUGAUAGAGUGUUGAAGAGUUAAGUAGCCAUAAAGAUGGUAGAUAAAAAACUAUUCAAAAAUAAAGAACAAGAAGAUACAAUACGAUAGGAAGCCUUAAUGCUUCAAACACUUUAACAUAAUAACAUAGUCAAAAUCUAAGGAGUAAGAAUUUUGAUCAUUAACAUAUCUUAAGUUUUUAGAGACUCCUUUGAAAUUCUUUAUUGUAAUGAAUUAGAUAGAUGGAGUCACUUUAGAAAGUCACAUUUGUAAAAUGAAAUCAAUUGAAGUGAUUUCUAUAACAAAAUAGAUUCUUAAGGCUUUGAGUUACUUACAUCUAAGAAACAUUGUUCAUAGAGAUAUCAAACCUGAAAAUAUUUUGAUUAGUUAUUUAGAUUGUGAAUUGAAAGUGACGUUAAUAGAUUUUGGUUUAUCUGCAUCUCUAAAUAGAAUUUAAAAUUCUAUGAAUGGUUUGAUGUAUCAAAAUUGUGGAACAUUGUUAUAUUAAGCCCCUGAGUUAAUUAGAAAAACUAAUUACACAAGAGUAAUUAAUUUUGAUAUGCAAUUAGUCAGUAGAUAUUUGGGCACUUGGAAUUGUUAUAUAUCAGAUGUUAAAUAAAGGUUUACAUCCAUUUUAUUAAAGUGGUGAUACAAAAACUAUUUUUGAGAAUAAAAUCAAAUAUUCAUCAAAUAACUAUUAGUUUCAUGAUGAUAGAGAUAUAAAUAACUUUCUAAAAAGAACUAUUGCUUAUUUACCUGAACAUAGACUAACAGCUGAUUAAUGUCUUGAACAUCCAUGGAUUACAGGUAAGGGUGAUAUAUCUAUUCCAAUUACAUUGAAUGAAAUCAUUUAAUGUUAAGUAGAAAAAGAAUAAAAAAUUACUAAAUAUAUGAAAAUUAUCAUGUUUCUCAAAUAUCUGAUUUUAUCAUCAUCUUGUUAUAGAACUCCCUAUCUAAUUGAACCUAAUUAACUUAUCUUAACUGGAUCUAAAACAGAACAUAUAUCAGAUCUAUCUACUGAUAUUAUUAAUUUUAAGAUACGCCCAUUAAAUAUCUAAUCAUAAACAAGGUUAGAUAGAAAUGAGAAAAAUGAUAGUAUUAGUAAUAGUAGUAGAAAUAUAAGUGAUAUGUUUUUAGAUCCUAUUUCUAAUGUUAACACACCUAAUAAUAGAAAGAUUUUUAGAAAAAGCAAUUCUAUGAAUCCUUAACAAAUCAUAAACCAACUUAAUUUAACUAAUUAGAGAUUACUUAGUUUUAAGAACAAAGAUAUUACUCCAUUAUUUAAAACUCAAUUACACAAAAAUACUUAGAUACUUUAGCCAACUAGUUCAAGAUUACAUCAUAAUAAUAGCUGGAACAAGAUACAAGAUUCCAAUUUAAAGACUAGAUUAAGAACUACCUAAGGAACUAAUUUCUCAAGGAAACCUACAUAAUUAUGA